CUCUCUCUCUAUAUAUAUAUAUAUAUAUAUAUCUUAGUCACACACGCAGCUCCCUUAGAAAUGGCAGUGUAUUGGUUCAUAUGUGCCAUUCUUUAUCUUUUGGGCGGUGCCGGUGCAGAGGAUCCUUACAGGUUCUUCACUUGGAAUGUUACCUAUGGUGAUAUUUAUCCCCUCGGUGUCCGUCAACAGGGUAUUUUGAUAAAUGGUCAAUUUCCUGGUCCUGAUAUAUACUCUGUUACCAAUGAGAAUCUCAUUAUUAAUGUAUUCAAUAGCUUGCCGGAGCCAUUUCUCAUCUCCUGGAAUGGAAUACAACAGAGGAGAAACUCAUACCAAGAUGGAGUAUAUGGAACAAACUGCCCAAUUCCUCCAGGGAAGAACUUCACUUACACAUUGCAAGUGAAAGAUCAAAUUGGAAGCUUCUUCUAUUUCCCUUCUCUCUCCUUCCACAAGGCCGCCGGCAGCUUCGGCGGCAUUCGGAUUCUCAGCCGGCCACUCAUCCCAGUCCCAUUCCCUGAUCCUGCCGGAGACUUCACUCUCCUUAUUGGAGAUUGGCACAAAACUAAUCAUAAGACAUUGAGUGCCAUUUUGGACCGUGGACAUAAGCUUCCUUUCCCUAAUGCCAUUCUGAUCAAUGGUCGAGGACCUAAUGCUGCAUCUUUCACAGUUGAACCAGGAAAAACUUACAGGCUGAGAAUAUCCAAUGUGGGACUACAAAACACUCUUAAUUUUCGGAUUCAAGGGCAUGACAUGAAAUUGGUUGAAGUUGAAGGGACUCACACUGUACAAACAACCUUUUCGUCCCUUGACAUCCAUGUCGGCCAGUCCUACUCUGUGUUAGUUACAGCAGAUAAAGCACCUCAGGACUACUACAUUGCAGUUUCCACCCGUUUCACCACCCAAGUCCUCUCUACCACUGCUGUGCUUCACUAUAGCAACUCUAAAAAGCCUGUGUCUGGCAGCCCACCUGCCGCGCCCACCACCGUGGAUUGGUCACUGAACCAGGCUCGUUCCAUCAGGACUAACCUCACUGCAAGUGGUCCAAGGCCUAACCCACAGGGCUCAUAUCACUAUGGCACCAUCAACAUCACCAGAACCAUCAAGCUAGCCAACUCUGCAGCUCAAGUCAACGGCAAGCAGAGAUAUGGAGUUAACAGUGUGUCCUUCGUCCCUGCCGAUACACCUCUCAAGCUCGCUGAUCAUUUCAAUAUUGCAGGAGUUUACCGCAUAAAUAGCAUCCCUGACCACCCAACCGGUGCAAAAAUGCACCUCGACACAUCGGUAAUGCAAGCUGAUUACAGAGCAUUUGUUGAGGUUGUGUUUGAGAACCACGAGAACAUUGUCCAGAGCUGGCACCUUGAUGGUUAUUCUUUCUUUGUGGUCGGGAUGGAUGGAGGUCAAUGGGAUCCUAGUAAACGGAACCAAUACAAUUUGAUUGAUGCAGUUUCUCGUAGCACCACGCAGGUAUAUCCCAAGUCAUGGACCGCUGUGUACAUAGCUCUUGACAAUGUGGGCAUGUGGAACCUGAGAAGCGAGUUCUGGGCUCGACAGUAUUUGGGGCAACAAUUUUAUCUACGCGUUUAUACCACGUCUCAGUCGAUCAGAGAUGAAUACCCCAUUCCAAAGAAUGCCCUUCUCUGUGGUAGAGCAGCUCACCGGUAGAGCUAUUUAAUGGGUGGUGCUGAAGAAGAAGAUGAUGAGGCCCAACCUCUACAAUUUAGGAUUAACCCAAUUCAGUGUCCUAUUUAUGGUCAUAUUUAUACCAAAGAAUGAAUGUGUUCAAUUUUAUUUUUACAUUUAUUGUACUGACAGUGAAUAAAAUCACAUGUCACUUACAUAAACAUAUCUAAUUGUUCCUUUUCUCAAUUAUGCAGCCAUAAAAAAUGUUUACAUUUAUCUCUUAA